CAGUACGCCAAGUGGAUGGCUGCCUGUCGGUUAGCGGCGAAGAAUAAAACAAUGGCUGACAGUUCAUACUCCAGCGAGGUCCAGAAUAUCCUCUCCUUCCUCAGAUUACAGAACGCCAAUCCCGGCUCUCAGGUCACCUCCGACACCAACACUGAGGACAUCAACACCAAAUCCCUCGUCUCCUUCAGAUAUCAGAAAAAGUACAAAGUCAAGCAGUUAACCCCUCGUAUCCUGGAGGCUUACCAGAACAUCGCACAGCUCAACCUCAUGGAAACCAAGAUGAAGUUUAUCCAGGCCUGGCAGUCACUCCCAGAGUUCGGACUCUCCUACUUUGUCGUCAGGUUUAAGGGCUGUAAGAAGGAAGAGGUCCUGGGUAUCGCUCCAAACCGUCUGAUCCGCAUCGACCUCAGUGUGGGAGACAUGGUGAAGAUGUGGAGAUUCAAUAACAUGAGGCAAUGGAACGUCAACUGGGACAUCCGACAGGUUGCCAUUGAGUUUGACGAAAACAUUAACAUCGCCUUCAGCUGUGUGACGGCCGACUGCAAGAUCGUCCACGAGUAUAUCGGGGGUUACAUCUUCCUGUCCACUCGCGGUAAAGACCAGAGCGAGACCCUGAAUGAGGAACUCUUUCACAAAUUAACGGGAGGACAUGAGGCCCUCUGAGUUGGACCGACUCCCUCCGUCACCAGGAGACACCCAGUGUCACCUGAGAACUAAUAAAAAAGCAAGCUUUACCCUAUUAAAAA